CAAAGUUUAGAUUUGAAUUGUUAGUUAAUAUGUGCUAUCAUGGACGAAAUAUUUGAUUAGUAUUUGAAGAACUGAAAAAAUGAUCUAAUAUUCGUACUAGACAGUCUAGAUCAAUUUAAUAUAUUUAUUUAUUACUUGAGGAGAAUUCCUAAUAAACUAUUGCCAUGGAUCUGAAUAAGGACCUUAUUCUGGAACACCAACCUUCAGAUUCUAAGUCUAGCUCCUUGAACUCAAAAAUUGGACUGGAAUCUGUUAGUACACUAUCAAAGAGUUAUACAUCAUCUAGUUCCGGUACCUCUACUAAUGCCGUAUCUACUCUAGAGAAUAAAGUUAAACUAAAAGGAGCUGUUGGUGGCUUUGAUCCGAGUUCUCCGCCUCGGCCAGAAGACCCUCCACUUCUGCCUGGAGAACAUUUACAAGGAGGUGCAAGAGAUGUGACGUACCUCUGUCCAUACUCAGGACCAACUAGGGGCUUUCUAUCUGUGACUAAUUACAAAUUACACUUUAGAAGUGUUGAUCGGGACCCACCCUAUAUACUAGAAGUUCCUCUUGGUGUAGUAAGUAGAGUCGAAAAAGUUGGAGGACAAUCCAGCAGAGGUGAAAAUUCUUAUGGAAUAGAAAUAUUCUGCAAAGACAUGAGAAACCUUCGUUUUGGCCAUAAACAGGAAAACCAUUCCAGAAGGAACGUGUUUGAAAAACUUCAGCAAUAUGCAUUCCCAUUAUCCCAUAAGUUACCACUUUUUGCUUUUGAAUAUAGUGAAACUUUCCCAGAAAAUGGUUGGACAGUGUAUGAAGUUAUAGCUGAAUUUAAGCGAAUGGGAGUACCAAAUGACAUGUGGCGUCUAACAAAAAUUAAUGACACCUAUGAAAUAUGUGAUUCUUACCCAGCAAUAUGGGCAAUUCCUGUCACCGCAACUGAAGAGGAUUUACGAGCUGUUGCUGCCUUCAGAUCCAGAGGAAGAUUACCUAUCUUAUCAUGGAUUCAUCCCGAAUCUCAGGCAACCCUUACCAGAUCGUCACAGCCUCUAGUUGGUGUUUCAGGAAAGCGAAGUAGAGAUGAUGAAAAAUAUAUUCAGCUUAUCAUGGAUGCAAAUGCCCAAAGCCAUAAAAUGUUUAUAUGUGACGCUCGUCCAAGCACUAAUGCUAUUGCAAAUAAAGCAAAAGGUGGUGGAUAUGAAGCCGAAGAAGCUUAUCCAAAUGCUGAAAUCACAUUCCUUGAUAUACACAAUAUUCAUGUGAUGAGAGAAUCUUUAAGAAAAUUGAAAGAAUUAUGUUUUCCAAACAUAGAUGAAGCAAAAUGGUUAUCUGGCCUUGAAUCGACAUACUGGUUAAAACAUAUCAAAUGCAUUCUUGCGGCAGCUUGCAGGAUUGUUGAUAAGAUUGAAAUUCAUAAAACUUCUGUAUUAGUUCAUUGCUCCGAUGGUUGGGACAGAACUGCUCAGCUGACAUCAAUUGCAAUGCUAUUACUUGAUCCUUAUUACCGCACCAUCAAAGGUUUUGAAGUUCUAAUUGAAAAGGAAUGGAUCAGCUUUGGUCACAAGUUUCAGUUAAGAGUUGGUCAUGGUGAUGAUAACCAUUCCGACGCAGAUCGAUCUCCAGUCUUCCUACAAUUUAUUGACUGCGUAUGGCAAGUUAUGCAGCAGUUUCCAAAUGCAUUUGAAUUCAAUGAUUAUUUCCUGUUAACAAUUCUUGACCAUCUGUAUUCAUGCCGAUUUGGAACAUUUCUCUUUAAUUGUGAAAAAGAUCGACUUGCUGAACAAGUAAAAAUGAAAACUGUCUCCCUCUGGUCGUAUACAAACUGUCAACUUGAUCUUUAUAAGAAUCCUUUGUAUUACUCUCACCAACCUCAAGUGUUACUUCCUGUUGCCAGUAUAAGACAUAUAAAGCUUUGGAGGGGUCUUUAUAGUAGAUGGAAUCCAGCAAUGAGGCCACAGGAACCAGUGUACCAGAGAACUCGAGAAUUGCUUGCUUUAAAAGAACAAUUGGAAAAAUUAGCUGAAGAUUCAAGAAAAGAACUCAAAAGUAGAAUGGCUCGUAGCAUGAAUUCACCUACUCGGCUUAGCUCGCCGAUCCAUAGCUAGUCCAUGUACAGCUUUACUUAGUAUGUUAUUCUUCAGUUGUUAUUAAUUAACAGUAUAAUGGUGGAUUUAAAUAGCUUAUCGAAUAACUGCAAGAUAGCAUGAGAGCGUAUAUUCAGUUUUUUUGUAGAGAAGAAAUUUUAAAUUGUUGUUGGUAAAAGAUAUUGUGACGUUUGCACAAUAUUCAUAGGCUGUUUUUUUUUUUUUUUAUUUAUUGUAGGUCAAUUUUUAAUUGAAAAUGGUUCUUAAUUUUGUUUACAUUAUUUUAUUUCAUAAUUUCCUUUCUUGCUUUAGCUAUAUAUUUUCAUCUUUAAGUUUUAUUGAAAAAGUAAAAGAAAGUGGUUAAAUUAGACUGUACUGCUGAUCUCCAGCAUAGUCAAUUAAAUCCCUCAUAAGGGUCAAAGGGGAGGGGAAUGAACCAAAUUAUAGGCACCCUAACUUCAAUGAAGGCAGAAAGAUAUUUAUCAUUUAAGGUAUAUAAAUAUAAUAAAAAUUCUAUAAUUUAUUUAUUAUUUCUUUAUUUUCUGCCAUAAAGCAAAACAAAUAUUCCCUGAUAAUAUAUCUCACAAUUUGAAAAAAGAAAAGUUUUGUAAUUACCGUUUCCUGUUUAUAAAAUAUUCUAGAACAUUUACUCUUAAAGGCUGGUUUUGUAAAUUAAUUUAUAUUUGGAUUUUCCGUUAAAUAGUAAUCAAUACUUAUCGAGAGGGACUGGGUUUAGGUUUUUAUUUAGAUAUUUUUUUAAGCCUUUUGUAGCCUUCUGCAAUUGUUUAUCUUACGUGUCACACAAUUUAAAAUAAAAUAUAGCAUUUUUUAUUUUUUUACCUAUUUGGAGGAUAUCUACAUAUUUAUAUUAUUAUAUCGCUUAUUUAUAUUAUUUAUGAUAUACAUUUCGAGGACAUCUACAUAUCAUCCAUAUUUAGUCAACAAGAAAACAAACAAAAAAAAAUCAAUGGAAAGUUUAGUAUAUUCGAAAUAUUUAAACAAGUUAAAAAAAAUAAAUUCAGUGACUUUUUGAUUAUAUUCAUAAGCCUGAGCCAGAUAUUCUAGUUGGUUAGAUUAUCCAUAAAGGCCUUAGGUCUUUAUCUCAAUUUAUGAUAAAACAUUAUGGUUCACUUUGCUAAUUACUGGCUCAUAUCAUGUUUACUUUUCAUCUUUUUUUAAUAUGAUUCUUAUUUUAUUAUAGCCAGAUUUCAAUUCAUGCUCGUCAUUAACUAAUUAGGCGAAUAUUUAUUUAUUAUCACUAUCAUUUUUUUAAGUUUUAUUUUUAUAGGAUUCAAUGCCAUUAGCUUUAAUUUGUUAAUUAAUCUACAUUUAAAUUUUAUUUGAUUGUUUUUUUUUUUCUUAGUUUAUCGGUGUCUUCAUUUUUUCUUUUACUGUCAUAGUUAUUUUUUUUUAUUUAUUGCCUUUAUAUGACUGUUUAAUUUUAAUAAGACUUCUGUUUUGUUUUGUUUAUUUUUAAAAUUAUUUUAGGUAAUAAUUUUAUUACCUUAUUUUAUUUGUCUUUGUUUGAAGACAAAAAUAAAUAAAUGGAUUAAGAAAAUUAGUAGCAUAAAAAAAAAAUUUUAAAUAAUAUUUGAAUGGCAAAGUUGUUUUACUGGUCUCAGGAAUCCCUAGAAAAAUAUUAUCAGUCAUCCAUGAGAAUAUUUGAAGUAAUUUAGGUAUUUGAAUAUCUUAUAUAUAUAUAUUUAAAAUAAACUGUUUUAAACUUAUGGCUUUGUCAAGUUAAAAAGAAGCUAAUAACCUUGCCUACCUGAUUAGAAUCAGUUGAGAUGAUAACCUUCAAAUUCCCACCUUUGGCAUUUAAAGUGUUUACAAACAACCCUGUGUUUAUGUUCUAUCAGAAUAUUAAUGAACAAGUUUAUUAUUAGUUUCAUAUUGAAUCAUAGUGAAGGUUGGUUAAUUUAUCCAUAUUAUUCCUCUAAUCCUAGAGCAACUGUAAUUUUUAGAUACUUUGUAAGUGAAAAUUUGUGCUUUUUUAUUUAUUUAAAUUAUUAAGUUUUAUAUAAAAUAAUUUGUUCUCCUCAUUUUUAUUCAUAUAAACCCCCUUAAUUGCAUAAUUAAUCAAUUGUUUAAUUAAACUGGGGCAGUAUUUGAUUUAUAUUUAUUUAUUUUAUAAAAUAAUAUUAUAGCAAAGAUUAUGUUAAGUUUUUUUUUUACAACAGUAGCAAAGAGUUAUUUAUAAAUAUUAGAUUAUUUAUUUUAUAGAUAUAAUAUUUAUUUAUUUUUGUUCUUAUUUUUAUUGAAUACAAUAUUAGUCCUACUCCAAUACAGAAGACUUCAGAAUGUAAUAUAUAUAUAUGUAUAAUAGCAUAUCUGUAUUUUUGUAGUUUAACGUUGUAAGAUUUCUAUAAUUUUUAUGUUCAAAUAUCCAUGUUAAAAUAAGAUAAAAAGUUUAUAAGUUACUAUUGUAAUUAAUUUAUUUCAUAAUAUAUUUAUAUUUUUACAA